AUGAGUUUUUUCGGUUUUGGACAAAGUGCGGACAUCGAUAUAGUGCUCAAUGAUGCCGAGACGAGGAAGAAAGCUGAGCAUAAAAGCGAGGACGGCAGGAAGGACAAAUAUUUCCUUUUCUACGACGGGGAAACUGUGUCGGGAAAGGUCAACGUGACACUCAAGUACCCUGGCAAGAGGCUGGAGCACAACGGAAUCAAGAUCGAGUUUGUUGGCCAGAUUGAGCUUUACUACGACAGAGGAAACCACCAUGAGUUUGUGUCUCUAGUGAAAGACUUGGCACGGCCCGGGGAGCUCACGCAGUCGCAGACCUUUGACUUUGAGUUCACGCAUGUGGAAAAGCCCUAUGAAGCUUACACUGGCCAGAAUGUCAAAUUACGCUAUUUUCUGAGGGCCACAGUAAGCCGCAGACUUAGCGACAUCACCAAAGAGGUGGACAUUGUAGUUCACACACUCAGCACUUACCCUGAUAUCAACUCCUCCAUCAAGAUGGAAGUAGGCAUCGAGGACUGCCUACACAUAGAGUUCGAGUACAAUAAAUCCAAAUAUCACCUUAAAGAUGUGAUUGUCGGCAAGAUUUACUUCUUACUGGUAAGGAUUAAAAUCAAGCAUAUGGAGAUUGACAUCAUUAAGCGGGAGACCACUGGCACGGGGCCCAACGUCUACCACGAGAACGAUACCAUUGCCAAGUAUGAAAUUAUGGACGGCGCACCAGUCAGAGGAGAAUCCAUCCCGAUCAGGCUGUUCCUAGCGGGCUAUGAGAUAACACCCACCAUGAGGGACAUAAACAAGAAGUUCUCAGUGCGCUACUACCUCAACCUGGUCCUCAUCGAUGAAGAGGAGAGGCGAUAUUUCAAACAGCAGGAAAUCACCCUGUGGAGGAAAAGCGACGUUGCCAGAAAGAGCAUGUCUCAUCAAGCCAUCCUCGCUUCUCAACGUUUCGAAAGCUCCUCCAACCCUGCGAAGAGUCAGGCCGGUGAAGGGGACGGCUAA